AUGGAUAUCUGGGAAAAGUUUCUUACAAGUGGUUGGGGAAAAGAAUUGGUGGCAGGAGGAAUUGGAGGAACAUCUGGAGUCGUGGCUGGUUAUCCCCUUGAUACUCUCAGAAUCCUUCAGCAGCAGCAGCACACAGGCAAGGGUUCUGCCAUUAGCAUUCUACGGCAAGUUCUAGCCAACGAGGGACCGUUUGCCCUCUACAAGGGAAUGGCUGCUCCCUUGGCCUCUGUCGCUUUCCAGAAUGCCAUAGUUUUCAAGACAUAUGCUACACUAUCACGAGCAUUUGACACGAAUGUUCAGGCUGGUGAUCCUCCAUCAUACACAGGGGUUGCUCUAGGAGGAAUUGGAGCUGGAGUAAUACAAAGUGUACUUAUCAGUCCCAUUGAGCUAGUGAAAAUCCGUCUUCAGCUGCAUAGUAAUAAUACACAUUAUAAAACAAAACAAUCAGGCAAUUACAAGGGUCCAGCAGAUAUUGCAAGAAGCAUAAUUAGAACAGAAGGUUGGAGAGGAAUUUACCGAGGUUUCACCAUCACUGUGCUAAGGGAUGGACCAUCCCAUGGUGUCUACUUCUGUACGUAUGAGUAUAUGAGAGAGAAACUUCACCAAGGAUGCAGAAAAACUGGCCAGGAGAGUUUCAGAACAAUGCUCACCGCAGGAGGUCUUGCCGGAGUAGCUAGCUGGAUUUGUUGCUAUCCUUUAGAUGUAAUUAAAACCAAAAUUCAGGCUCAGUCAAAUUCCUCCCAACCUAAAUCCAUGGGCAUUGGUGAAUACUUCAAGAGGAGUGUGAAAGACUCUAGCAUUCUCUGGCGAGGUUUAGGAACAACAGUUGCCAGAGCCUUCAUUGUGAAUGGGGUGACCUUUACUGCGUAUGAAGCAGCACUGAGGUGCCUAAUUAACAACAAUAACUCAAGAGGCAAUACAGAGUACCCUGGUACUUGA